AUCCAUAGCGUUCAAUACAUAAACUAGAUUCAGGAAGCACGACCACAGAUGGUCGUCUAGUGUAUACCGCCAUAGAGGCGGUAAAGAUGAAAAUGCUGGGUCGGACUAGGGCGACAUUUAACCAGAAAUAUGUUUGUGAUGUCAAAGCAGCAACCGUGAACAUUAACACAGUUCACAAAACGCAGACCCAGACAGUGUUACUUCAUCUGACAAAGAUAAAGUACAAGGAAUCAGAUGACCUUGUUAUAUCUUCGGCAUAUCUCUAACCAGUGCUGUUCUCUCUUUUUUCAUUCUGAAAGAAACUAAUUCGUUUUGAUUUACUGCAUGUAACAACAAAGUUUGGAUUAUAUAAUUUCCUUAUUUGUGAGGCGGAGAAAAUGCUUAUUUCCUCUUUUUUGAACCAGCACUGAAUCAACUCUAACCAUCAGUUCUCGUUGGAGCAAUGACGAAAUGUGACGUCGUGUUAUCAUUGUUAUGGUAACUUUAAAAACGGGCAUGGUCCAUUCAUACUCAAUCGUUGACAUUUGAUUACAGCAAUGAAUAUUUUGCUUGCAUAUUUCUAAUGCAAGGUUCUUGUUGCAGGUGGAUUUUAUUUGGCUGAAUCGAAACCACACGGCCUUUGAGUGGUUCGUAGACAUGCUGUUGAAUCUGGAGCAGGGGCAGAGUCAGUACUCGUUGGAUCGUUUCUUGGACAUCCAUCUAUUCAUGACAGGCAUUCAGCGCUUCGACAUGGCGAAUUUUGGCCUCCAAAUGGCGCUAGACUUGGUCCAUGAGCGGGAAAACAGGGACUUGUUGACUGGACUACGAACUAAGCUGCAGGCGGGAAGACCAGACUGGAAUAAGCUCUUCACGCAGAUUCAGGAGGAGGAUAAGGGAAGGGUGUCGGUGUUCUUCUGUGGUUCACCGGCUUUAGGAAUCGUCAUCAAUAAGCACUGCCAGAAAUUUGGGUUCAUAUUUCACAAGGAGAACUUCUAGAGGCUAUAUUGUGUUAUUUUCCAAGAUAAGGUUUCUAGUUUCAAAACAGUGAACGACAUUGUGCUGAUAGGGUAACGGCGUUGGCCGGCGUUAGACUUGGAGACAUUCCAUACGGUUUCUUUUGCCCCCCUUGGAAUAAGAUAUUGUGACGGAAAG